AUGGCUUAUGCUGCUGUUGGUUCUCUUCAACUGACAAUUGAGCGACUCCUAAAUACGUCAAAUAUUUCGAUUGUUCAAAAUUCCUCUCCAAAAGCUAUUGACCUUCUGUACAAGGAAGUUCGUUCGUUGCGAGGAGUUCUCAGAUCAGAAUUCGAUAAAAGGAGGAGCACCAUUAACAUGAAGAUGGUUAAAAGUUUGGAGACAGAAAUCACAGAGGCAGUGUACCGAUUUGAAGAUGUAAUUGACUCCCAUCUCUCAGAUCAGUUUCUUUUACAAUCUGAAGAGAUUCAUCCAUUGUCGAUAUCGGUGGACCUUCAAGAACUAGAGCAAGAUAUCGAUUCCUUUAUCGAAAUGGUGCACGAUAUGAAGAAGGCUUACAUUCAUGAGUUACGCAACCCAUCGGAAGAAGAAGAAGAAGAAGAAGAAGAAGAAGAAGGGUCAAGAUCUGAUUAUGGUGGAUAUGAGUCUAAAAUGGUUGGAUUAUCUGAUUUAUUUAUGAUGAUAAUCCAAUAUCAGUUUCUUCCGCAAUAUGAAAAGAUGAUUGUCUCGCUCGUAGGGAUGGCGGGCAUUGGUAAGACUACUCUUGCCAUAAAACUCUUUCAAGAUCCAUUCAGUGCGAGUCACUACAACACACAUGUGUCCGUGACCAUAGGCCCAAAAUUCCGGUUACCGGACAUCUUGGUAGAUAUUCUGACACAGGUGAAUCCUGACAUUGAUGAAAUAAUGCUUAUGGAUGGAGAAAAGGUAUUGGGUGAGCUGAAAGAGAUGGUGUAUGGAGGUUUAAAGGAUUUGAGAUACUUCAUUCUUUUGGAUGAUGUAUGGGACCAAGAGCUUUGUUAUGAGCUGACGGAACUAUUUCCGGACAACAAAAAUGGUAGUUUAGUAUUGAUCACAACUAGGCUACAAGAAGUAGCUGAAUGUGCCGACCCUUUGACUAUUUUCAAAAUACCAUUUCUCAAUGAGAAAGAAAGUUGGGAUCUUCUUCGUAAGAAGGUGUUUGAUGAAGAAGAGUCGUUUUGUUAUGAACUUGUGAGAGCUGGAAAAAAGAUUGCCAAGAAUUGUGAAGGUCUUCCUCUUACAAUCGUCACAGUUGGCGAAAUCCUGUCAAAAGCCGAUAAGACAAUAGCAUAUUGGAACGAGGUAGCUGAUGAUAAACAACAUUCAGUAUACAAGGAUGCAUAUGAUCAAAUGUCGAAUCAACUCUACCCAAGUUACGACUACUUGGAACAACAUUUAAAAGCAUGCUUACUCUACGGUGGAGCUUUCCCACAAAAUUAUGCCAUGCCCUUGGAAUACCUGAUCAACUUGUGGAGUGUUGAAGGGUUUCUUGACUCGGAACCAGUUUCUUACACAAAUAAUGCCAUAUUUGCCAUAGAUCGUCCCUUUUAUUAUUUGAUUGAACUUUGUUCCAAAAACGUUAUCAUGUAUGACGAAGAAGUAUGCUGCUAUCGCCUCCAUUCAUCCUUCUGGUACAUGUGCAACAAAGAAGCUGCGAGUAACAAGUUUUUCUACGCCUUCAAUUGUCUUGAUGAUGCUUUACUGGAAGAGGAUCUAAACUAUCAGCGACGAUUAUGCAUCCGAAAUAAUGUUCUACUUGCCAUUGAAGAUGUCCACAGCUCAAUUGCAUCUGCUUUAAAGGUACGCUCUCUCCUAUGCACUGGUCCAUAUCAUCAUUACCCGGUACCGUUGUGUUUGGAUGAUUUAACGUUGCUCAGGGUAUUGCACACUCUCAGUAUCAGAUUCUUUGAGUUCCCAAUGGAAGUGGUGAAACUAGUUCAACUAAGAUACCUUUCCCUUACUUAUGAUAAAAAGCUCCCUACUUCCAUAUCCAAACUCUUCAACCUUGAGUACUUGAACGUUGAUCGUCAUCAAAGCAUCAUACAAUCUGACGGGAAUCCAUCGUAUCUGCCUUCUGAGAUAUGGAAUAUGAAAGAAUUGAAGUCUCUUCAAGCCUUGGGACGAGACCUACCGCACCCUUGUCGUGAAGGAUCUCUCCUCCCAAACCUAUUACAACUUAAUGGUGUGAGUCCUCAAAGUUGUACCAAAGACGUUUUUGAAAAAAUCCCUAAUCUAGAGGUUUUACAGAUCAAAAUUGAAUUGGGUCCCGAUGCUUCUGAACCGUUGAGCUGCUUUGACCAUAUUUCCCAUCUCAAUAAACUGAAAACACUAGCAUGUGCCAUUGUGAAUCCUGUAUUCAAGACAGGGGUUGUUACCCCGCUUGCUCCUCUUUCACUCUUGCCAUCAAGCCUUACGUUGUUAACUCUGAGCGGCUUAGGAUACCCGUGGGAAGAAAUAAGCAAGAUUUCUUCAUUGCCAAAUCUUGAAAAUCUGAAAUUGCACUCAUAUGCCUUUCGAGGCCCAGAGUGGGAGGUUCGUGACACCGAAUUCCAAAGGCUUCAAUUUCUUGAUAUUGAAGACACUGAUCUGGAGCGAUGGACGUUUCAUGAUUCGAGUUCAUGCUUCCAUGCGAUACAGUCGCUCAGCAUAAAGCAUUGCUACAAGUUGAAAGAGAUCCCUGUGACAUUCGGUACAUCUCUUCAAAGCGUUGAGCUAGUUGCAGUGAGUUGUGAAGAGAAAUUUAAGAAGGAUUGGGAAGACAAAUACGGUGAUCAAGAACGUUCAGUACUUGUUAUAGUCUCUUAUGUUCAGUGA